AUGUACGAUGCUACUCCAAGCACGAUACUAUCACCUUGCGAUUCGUGUUUAACUUUGAACCCAGCUAAUCUACCACAGCAAUAUAACCCUGAGUAUUUAACAAACUACCUCCAGUCAAGACUAGGCCAGUUUAUCACGCAGGAGCAACCGGCUUCAAAAUCAAGAUCAAGAUCAAAUACUGCCACCAGUACCACCAGCACCACCACGGUCAGAGACUGCACCAAUUUCGAAAUCACUAUAAUCCACGAUCACCACGACACCAACAUCAAACUCUCCUCGAUCGUAAGCUUGGUCAAUACAAACUCCAAUAAUCGCAUCCACCCAAACGAAAUCACCGUCAACCAUCUACUUCUAUACUUGUACUACCACCAGUUUGUCCUUUUCCAGAAAACAUUCAACAUCGGCCAGCUCAACCUUAUCCAUUUGGGCAAGUCAUACAAGUUCAGCUACGAUAUCAUCAACCUUAAAAAGAAACAGGUGAAUGAUCAUUUGAUCCCAGAUUUGAAAAUCGGCGAGUUUCCUAAAUUCCUCCUAAGUAUCAAAACACUUGAACGCCAGCAAGUGCACGAAGAAGCGAAACCGAGUAAGAAUUUGCGCGGGAGGGGCCUUCGAGAUGCGUUUGACGUUGCUACCUUCCUUCAACGACAACUGGGGUUCAGAGAUCAAAGUCUGGCGCAUGUGACUUAUGCCGAUGCCAUCAGGAGCAAAUUGAAGAGAAAUCGCAGUAGCAGCAGUACCCAUACUACUACUGCUGAUCCCAGUGGAGCUAGGCCCGCGUUAUUGAAUGUGUCUGCUAGCAAUAAUACCGGUGGCGGUAGUGCUGGAUACAAGGCUGAUGAGAGUAGGAGAUUUAAAAAGGUUUUCGUUAAGCUUUUCCGUAGAAAUACCGUAUAG